AAUGUUGGUUGGCUGAAAUCUCAACUGACACGGUUUAAAAGCAGAGAUAGAUCUCUGCACUGUAUGACCCUCCAUAUUCCUCAUCUAUACUGGUAUCACCAAAGGUUCUACUUUGAAAAUGAAGAUCACCAUUAUGUGCCUUUGUUUGGUCAGCUCAAUAUCUGCUGCUCCACGUCAACCUUUCUUCAAUUACUUGCCCCACUAUGGGGAUCCAAGGCAAUCAGGACCACCCACACAAGUGAAUGAAGGCCUCUACCCAGCAGGCCAGCCUUACUACCCUCAGCCUGGACUCAACGGCCCUGUCAGCAUGGAAAUAGUGUUUCCACAGAGAUUCCCUGGAUGGUCUACUGGUGGCCAGAUCAAUGGACCCCAGUCCUAUCCCUCUCAAGCCUACAUCAAAUAUUCCCUACCUAAGGCCCCAGGAAGAAAGAGUGUAGAAAUUUACUACCCCUAUGACUUUGUGCAGCAAAAGGUGAUGCCAAAUAUCCCUCAGAUGCCACAGAUUCCAAACCUGUUCCAAUAUGAAUACCAACCACAAACUGUGCCACAGCAAAGACCCAAUAUCCCAUUCCCACCAUACAACUCUCAACUUCCUCAUUCCCAGGAUCCUUUGCAGCCAGCUGAGCAGGAGCAGCCAAUGCAGACAGGCCAGGUACCUCAUGUGCAACCAUAGAAUGGAAACUGAAUUUACCAGCUUGAAGGAAGUACAAAGUCUGCCGACCCAGAGAAGACCAGAUGAUUUGCUGCUUCAAUAUGGCCUUUUGUUAUUAAUUGGGGUAUUUACAGUAGUAUGGUUAUGAGUAUCAAUGUAGAGUGUUAAUCUACUGUCCUUUAGAGUUUUUCCCCUUGAAGUUUCUAGCGAAGGCUAUUGUAAUUAGUAUAAUAAGCAUGCAUCAUUGAUAUUACAGUAGGCAAUAGAGAGUAUGGGUGGACAUUAUCUGGCUUACAAUCUUUUCUUUGCUACAUUUAAUUUAAGCCAUGUAUUUUUAGUAAAGGCAAUUAAAGUAUGUUUACAAGCAAUUAUUGAGUUGUUUCCCUGUUAAAUGUCAUUGUGUGAAUUUAAAGAGGAGAAUAAGUUAUUUGAUUAAACAGUUCAUUUUAUUCAUGUUCAUUUCAGGUGGACAGUAUCGAUCGAUGGAUAUCUGUUGAUAAUAACAAUCAAUGUCAAUAAAGUUUUGAAUUUGAACAGUCA